GGAUGAAAUAGCUCCCAUCCGGAAGCGUGUACGGAAGUCCGAGCUCAUCGAACGCGCGUGCGAGGAUAUCACGGCGGUCCUGGUAUUCUUUGAUCUGCUGCGCGAAGAACCCGCGCUCGUCAGCUUGCUCGAGGCCACACGCGGCGGCCUCUUGCAGCGGGGAGUUGGUGCAGAACACGAUCCGCGUCGUCGCAGCGAGCGUGGGCUUGAUGAUCGAUGAAGGGCCAAUCAGCCAACCAACGCGCCAGCCGGUGGCAGCGAACGCCUCUGCGCGUAGGCCAUCAGCGCACCCAGGUAGAAGUUUGAUCGUAGAGACGUACUGCCGGCCGAGCCUACGGUCACGGUGCGAUCCCACAUUCCGGGAAGUGUCGCAAUCCGAACGUGCUCCUUAUCAAAGGUGAGGCAAUCGUACUAGAUUAAGCACCAUCAGGCCCCGGCGCACGGAAAAAAAGAUCAAAAUAGGACAUACCACCUCGUCUGACAUGACGAGCAAAUUGAAUUCAUUUGCCAACGCGGCGAUACCCUCCAGCUCUUGCCGGGUGAACACCUUCCCGACCGGGUUGUGCGGGGUGUUCACGAUGAUCAUCUUCGUCCGGGGUGUGACAGCAGCCCUGAGCGGCGAACAAUCAGAUACGCGUCGAUAGGCAGUCUGCAGUGGGUGUGCGCACGAACCGGAGUUCCUCCAUAUCGAUCGUCCAUUCGCCGCUCGAAAACUUCGCGUCGGCUGCCUUGGGCGGGUGGAGGGGCACAUAGAUCGGUUUGCCGCCGUUGAACGUGAUCGAAGGCAGGUACUGGUCGAAGAACGGCUCGAACAUGAUCACCUCGUCGCCCUGCUCCAAAAACGCGACGAAAACAGAGUACUGGCCUGCAAAAGAAGAACAAGAUGAGCCAGCGCACUGAAGCGCCACGCGCGCGCAACGCACCCUCGUUCGCGCCGCUGGUGACGAGGAUGUCGCUCUCGACGUCGAGGCUGCGCCCGAAAAGCGGGUCGUACUUCUUCUUGAUGGCGUUUCGAAGCCGGAUGCGUCCCUUGGGGUGCGAGUAGUGGUUCUCGGUCACACCCUUGAGCGCCUCGUUCGCGGCGCUCGUGACCCACUGCGGCGGGGGGAAGUUCAUGUAGCCCUGCCCGAGGUUGAUGCAGUCGGCGGGCAGGUUCGCGGCGCUGUGCGGCAGGAGAUCGUGAGUGUGGGCGCGCGCGCGCGAUUGCGGGGUAUGAGUCAGGGCUGGUUGGGUACACUUACUUGUAGAUCGACCACACGUCUUGUGCCAGCGCGCGCCCAUCCCUGAGCCGCGAGGAGAAGGGGAUGAGGCCGGCGGCUUCGUUGCCUUCGGGGGCUGCCAUGAGUCUACGGGUGGAUGAGUGUAGGAGGCGAGUUAGUGGGCGCUUCGGGGUGAGAAGCCAGGGGUAAAAAGCUCUUGCCAACAUAUGAUCUGAAACUACGCAAUCGCAUCACCGAACUCUUCGGCCGAUAGUGUGUAUGGUCCCAUCGCCCUCGGACGGAGGAUCGUACUCCCGCGCGCGACAUGGGCGCCAGAGAGCUCAAAAGCUUAAUUACGGUCGACCGUAAUGGCAAGCCGGCAUGCAAGCACACUAUCAUAUGCAUCCUCAUCUAAUCAUCGCAGUGGCGGUGGACAGCGAUACGCGCUCAUCAUGUGAUCCAUCAGAUCAAAGAAAAGUCGUUGUUCCGGAACGUGCUGGACAGUGCUCGUACUGCAGCAACUUAUGUUGGGCACCAUUGACGAGUCUGCUCUUUCGGACGCAUAUCCAUCCACCGCCGCCUCACCGAACACUUCGCCUCCACCCGAAGAAGCACCCGAGGAUGACGAGGACGAGGAGGACGAGGAAUUCGUGUAUCCCGCGAGCGACCCUCCUGAGGUAGAGGUCGCUGACGAACCCCCCGCGCCCUCUCCACCCCAGCCGCAUGCAACUCCGGCGCAGCUGGAGGCGCUCUAUGCCGCUGCCUCAUCAGGCGACUUGCCACUCCUCAAGCGACUGUUCCGCAGUGCCCUGGACACAUCGAACGUCGAGCCUUUCUCCCUCUCUAACGAUGCGUCGACGCGCACUGGCUUCACCGCUCUCCAUGCCGCAGCCAGCCGCGGAUAUCUGCAGAUUGUCCGGUGGUUGGUGGAGGAUUGCGGAGCGAUGGCGGACCUUGAAGAUAAGGAAGGAGAAACCGCUCUGCACAAAGCCGCUCUCCACGGUCACCUUCAUGUUCUGAAGUAUCUACUCCCCGACCAUGCGGACGUGAACGCUCGCGAUGCUGACGGCUGGACGCCCCUACACAACGCUUGUUCCAAGGGAUACUUAGACAUCGUGCGAUGGCUUUGUGAGCACGGUGGCGCUGCUGCAGAAGACGCGGACGGUGUUAAAGGUGUGGAUGUGCGGAAUAAUGGCGGUUGGACUCCACUGAUGAAUGCUGCUUCCAAGGGACAUCUCCCAGUCGUCCUGUAUCUUCUGUCCAAGCAGGCGGCGAAUCCGCUCGUGAGGAACAAUUGGGGAGAGACGGCUUACGAUGCUGCAGCGGCUGUGUUCGAGGUUUGGAUCUGCGAGGUCCUGCAGAGAGUGGAGGCAGAGCGGUGGCGCGACACCCCCGUGACUUACAAUCCUCUGGCGGUCCAUACCACUAUUCCAUUGGUGCUCUACGAAAAUCAGCGGUUGGACAGCCGGCUGAAGACACUCGCUGUAUCUGGCGGUCGCCCCAAAUUCUCAGCCUCAGGAUUGGGCCGCCAAGGCCGGCGAGCUCCAUUCCAGCUCAAACUUCCGAUCGCUGACGAGGAGACUGGUAUCCGGGAGAUCGCUGCAUGGAGAAGUGACGUGCAACUGCCGUUGUUGAGCGAUCCCUGGCAUCUUCCAAAGCCGGGGCCUGCCGACCGUCAUGCAGCAGAGACGACGGAACGGAGUCAUUUCUGGUUGUCUGAUUGGACGCUGGACGUGACUCCCCCUGGAGUGGACGCCGAAGAUGGAUGGCAGUACGCUCGCCAAUUUACGGACUCGGAUGAACAAUGGACUGCGGAGAAGCCACCACAACUGGAGCGUGUGCUGGCUGGUCACGGCGUGACUGGUUUAGGUGGAUCCAGCUCUCGAGCAUCAAGCUCCUCUGGGAAUCCAGUCCGGUCACCGCUUACUUGGGUGCGCCGCCGAAGAUGGGUGCGCGUGCUUCGACGCCGUUUGGACAUCCCACCGCUGGCGUUCCUAGAACCGGAUGGGGAGAUGUACCAUUUGGACGCAGAUGGCUCAUUGAUCCCCGCUGUGGAGGACAACAACGACGAAGAUGGGCAGGAAUUGGGUGCCAUGCGGACAACGACAGCGCGCGACUAUGUUGCGCGUGCGCGAUACCUCGUCGGUGCGCAAACCGAUGACGAAUCUCCCGUCGAGGCUCGUCGGGCCAUCGCCAAACUGGAACGGGCAACGAUGGAGCUGCGCGAAGGUCUGCUCGGUGAUGAGGACGCUGAACGAAAGACGCAGGCAGAGGUUCUGCUGAAUGCCUAUAGCCGUGAUCUUGAACGACGGAGAGCCGCUGCUGAUGCCCGAGGAUUGUUGCUGUCGGGUGCAGAAGAUCCGGUUGACGAUGACGACGACGACAGCUCGGACGACGAAUUCCAUUAUCCUGGCGCGUCACCGGUGGAUACCAUCCGUCCGGGUUCCAGGGCAUCGGCGUCGACCGACUACUUCAGCCGGCACACAACUUCACGUGGGCCUACUGAUCUCACGCCCCAGCUUUCUCAAGCCCCGGACUUCCGUGUGCCCACGAACGAAGCCCCGCAGAAGGUGUUGUCCCCGGGCUGGAAUCCCACGCCACAUCAGAUGCAUGCACAGUGGGAGCGAGAUGACCUUGUCCACAACUGCCACGAUUGCCAGCGACGCUUUACUUUUCUGCUUCGUCGGCAUUGUAGACGCUGCGGACGGAUAUUCUGCGACCGCUGUUCCGUCUACCGCGCUCUGCUUGACCCGGCAGACAUCGUGCAGGACCCCGCGAUUCCAGAAGCAACCGCGCACGCCAGCUCCAGCUCACAGCGAGUCUGCCAGAACUGCUACGAUCAAGUCAACGCCAGCGUUCCGAGCCGACUGUAUGGAUUGCGUGCUACUUCCAUGGAACGUAUCGAAGUUGACCAGCAGCGGCUCUCCAUUCCCGGCCGCCACUUGUCACGCCGCCAGUCCAGCUCCCAGCUCAGUGACCUAGCCGAAUGCCCUGUGUGCAACCGCGACCUUGCUGACGUCGGCGAUGCCGCUGCGCAAGAAGUCCAUGUCCGAACGUGUCUCGAAGGUGGCUCUGGCCCAACCUCCCAGGCACCGAAGUACCUCGUCUACCGCCUUCCCGCGGAGAGUACGCUGAUCGGCGUCGAAUGUGUGAUCUGUCUGGAAGAGUUCGUGCAAGGGUCUAUGGUAGCGAGGUUGAGCUGCUUCUGCAGCUUUCACAGCGCAUGCCUGACUUCCUGGCUUCAGCGCGGGAAGAGCUGCCCAAUCCAUGCCCGGUGAAAAGCGCAGACCCAGAGAACUCGUUGCACCAUCUUAUUAUACAUUUCGGAUUCCGUUUACACUUGUUCAAUCAAUCAUGAGGCUCGUAGAAAGGGUUGUAGUGGUUGAUCUUGGUCGAGUCCACGCGAAUCACGUCGGUGUAGUCUUCUUCGUCGGGUUCCACGAUCAACUGGCCCUUGCGGCCGUCUUCCUCCUCGUCGUCGAACCAUGACGCUGGAUCGUCAUCAUACUCCUCCUCGCUGUUGUCUUCGAGGUCCGAGUCUGUUGGCUUGUGGCUCCUGUAAGUGGCUUGAGAUCAGUUAUAUCCUAACAUAAGAUGGGCGGUGACGCACAUGAACGCCCACAUCCGAGCUUCCAUCUGCUUGCGUGUUAGAUCCUCUCCCGGCACAUGCAUCCCCUGCUUUCUCCGCUUCUCAAGGAGGCGCUCCUGACGCUCUUUAUCUGCUCUGGGCCAAGGGUCAGCACCCAUUACGGCAAGCCAAGACAGUAUAACACACCUGUGUGCACGUUGUUCGAGCUCUAUGGCUUCUUGCAUGCCGAGGGAUCCAAUAGCGGUCCCAUUAUGUGCAGGUGCCUGUGGAUCGGGCUGAGGGAUUGGCCACAUAGCAAGGAGGCAGAACACUCACGAACUGAGAUAACGCCUUGCGCUUCGCUUCUAACAUGGGAUUAGUAUACGGUUCAGCAUCGGGCUCGACGUCCAUGUCGUCGUCGCCUUUGAGCUUGGUGCGCUUGAGAGACACGUUGAUCGACUCCAUCCCGACGAGCUCGACUAACCGUUCUUCUAUCGCGGCUUGCUCAGCGGUCACCCGAGCCAUCCACGACUGGCCGUCUGCGGAAGUCGACUGUCGGCUGGCGCGGCGGUGGGGUGAGUACGGGCUGUACCGCGCGCGGGGAGGCACGAGGACAUACGGCUUGGCCAGGAGGCGGAGGUUGGCCUGGUGCAGAUCCUCGAGCUCGCGUACGCUCAUCUGGGCGAUGGGUGUGCGCUUGCGGGGUGAGGGGCGGAAUCCCGAUGGGAUUGCCGUCUUGUGAGUCUGCCGCAUAUUUGUCGGGGACGAGGGUUCUGAUGAUGUUGGCGAAUACAUGUUGCUUCGUGGGGUGCUGGUGGCUCUCAAGCGCUGCGAAAGCGGCCUUCUUAUAUACUCCGGCCAUAUCCAUUUUAGGAAAUGCCUUCUCACGAUCCAUAUCGGAUAUGACACCCACUAGAUCUUCUGACUCUGGUGGCUCUGUGGGAGAGGCACGCUUUCCUUAUUUAGAUUACAAGCAGUGUGUGCUAAGUGAUAGCACAGCACGAGAACAUCGGUUUAUUACAUAUACAUAUCGUCCUGGAACAGGGAUUCAGUCUCUGAGGCAAAGGAAUAUGAAUGCGACCGACAUUGUUACCGGGUGGCAGAAAUUCGUCAUUGUCCGGAUCCUGGAAGCCUCUGCGCGGGAGACCUCGGCCCCCUCCAUUGGACCAGAAUGAUGGGCCUACAGGAUCGAACCGCGCCCCGGGAGGAGCACCCAUCGGAGGCAAGAAGCCGUCACCGCCCCAGGGACCUGUCAUCCCACCUCGGGGACCCCGCUGACCACCGCCAAAUAUGGGGUGUCCAGGGCCGACAAACAUCCCGUCGCCGCUUCCGGGGAACAAGGGAGGUGGCGAAAAUGGGUUUGUCGGAAGACCCGGAAACGGAUCCAGGUCGCGUCGCCCGAUCUCCAGCGGAUUACGGGGGCUGUGUGAUCCGGAAAAAUGGGAGGAGGUUGGAAACGCGGCUCCUGCUGCUGGGGGCGUUGAGGCUCUUGUUGUUGAGUGCGAUUCGUUGAGGAACCUUCGUUUGAGGACGAUAUCUCCUCGACCUCCGAGUACCCAUCUUUCCGCAGCCCUGGAACUAGUUUUUGUAUAAUUUUCAGCUUGAACUGGGAGAUCAGGUCUGAAACACGGUGCGAGGAGAUGAAUCCGUGGAUCAGCGGUGUGGCACCGGAGGUAUUUAGAUUAUAAGGAUAGAAUGAAGGUGACACAAAAUCAUUGGUCGCGAUAUCCAAGGACGAGGCUUUGUCGCUCUUGGGAAAGACAUUCGUUACAUGUAGUGUAUCAGUCAUGACUACGUCAUACAUACCUCGAGAGCGAUAGCAUUGAUCAUCGUGCGCCCCCCAAGCUUGGAGAUCUUCACCAGGAACUCGAGGCUACUCUGAUCAUGCUUGUACCGGAACGUGUAGUUCCCUGGUCCCUGCUUGUUCCAAUCUUCAGGAAGACGAUCGAGAGUCGUAUUGGAAACAGAUGAUUCAUCAAUUGCGACAAGACGGAAGGCCAGCGCCGUCAUAGCAGUGUGGAUGAGGGCGGCGAUUCCAUCCUGCGAAGAAGAGAGAGUCUGCUUAGACGCAGGGAGGAGCGUAGGCAGCAAUGAGAUGAGGGCAGCGGGAUCGAGUACGUUAGCCAUGGCAGUCGAGUCUGAG